GUUCAGUUUCGUUUUCGUUUUCAUUUUCAUUUCAGUCAAAGCUUUCGCGUCCGCCGCAACACUACCUAACGGGAAAAGCGGAAGAACCUUACUGAGUGAAAGACGACAGAAGAGACGACAACAACGAAACAGAAAGCACAGAAAAGGAGACCAAAAGUGUUUGUUGUUUGGUGUUAUCAGUGGAUGCAAGUGGACGACAUCUUGUCCUGUGAUUGAGUACUGGAGAGUGGACCGGUUGCGGAGGAGGAGCUUGUCAGCAGCACAGGUGGCUGCUCCUCACCACAGUCCAGCUGGAAAACGGAGAAAGUACCGCAAUAACAGCGGCGGGGCAUAAUUAACGACAAAAGCGGAAACAAACCAAACAAAACAAAUCAGAAAAGAGAAGAGAAGAGAGGGGAAAACGGUAGGAGAACGGUAAAGGGACCAAUCAAAGCGCAACAAGAGCGUUUGAACGACUAAAAUGUUUCCUAAAUGGUUUGGCAGCUAUGCCAAAAUUGUUAACAAAAUCAAAUAAAUGCGACAAGAACAAAAGGACGAGAGCGAGAGAGAGAGAGCGGGAAGCACCGGAAAAACCGAGCAGUGGGUGGAGCAGGCGGCGACGACAGGUGGCCGGUUGUUGCGCCCCCAGCCCUACCGCCAACCAUCAGAGCGAGCCCUCCGUCGCCGUCUCAUUGAAUGAAUUUCGUGAAAGGGGAGCCGAGCAACAUUCCCUCCAGCGAUUGCCCAAAAAACCGAAACUCCCGCACUUUGGGGGCUAGAGCCACCAUCCAAAUCAGCGGCUGUCAGACAGAAAGUCGCUUUUUAUUGAUUUUUAUAAAGUCGAGCCAGGAGCUGCAGCAGCAAUAGCAGCAGAGAAUAAUAACGCAAGCCGCAGAAACAACAAAAUAAAGAGUCAAACGCAAUGUGAAUAAUUCCCCAGUUGAACAGGAACGAGCAAGCACGACACUAAAACAGGUAACGGCAAGGAACCGUUGGAAUAUUCCCUAGCUCUCUCGCACUCGCACUCGCAAUCGAACUCUCGCCCUGCUCCUAUUGCUCACCUCCCACCAUCUGCCAGCUCGCUCACUCUGUCACACUAUCGAAACGUUCAUCAAAUGCGAUUCGAUGACGCUUCAGCAGAGUCAGAGGCACAGACAAAGAACGACGGAGACCGAGAACCACCCCAGAGCUCCAUAAAAUGUGUUAUAAAAAUAUACACGCAUAAAUACCACUCACUCUCUCUUUGUCUUGGGAAAAAGGGCAUAAAUAUCAGAACGAGCAAGGCGCUGGUAGAGGAAACAACAGCCAGAUGCAAAUGUCAUUGGCAAAGUCAAUUAGAAGAGUAGCCGGCCACAAACUGAGGAUAACUUCAGGCGAAACUAAGCAAGUGUCACACAAGCGUGUCUCUGUGUCUCUCUGUGUGUGUGUGUGCGUGACAAAGCAAGACUGAUUUUUAUGUUUAGUUAGAUUAUUUUUAAAAUAAAUCAACUACACUGCAAACCAAAGGCAAGAGAACCGCAGCAACAGCAACAGCAAGCGGAAACCUUAGCAAAGAGGAAAGCAGGAAGAGCAAGAGGAAUCCCCCCACAAAGCAGAAACAAAAGCAACAGCAGAGCCCCAGCGACAGCCACAGAACAGAAUCAUAAGCAACCAUGCUUGUACUCAUAGCCGUGCUGUUUGUUAAUGCCUGCCUGGCAGGCACCAUUCCCGCUACGCCGGAGAACAUAACCGUAACCUUUCUGACGCCCACUGCGGUCCGGGUGUCAUGGCAAACGCAAAUCGACCUGAAGGCACAUCCCAUCGAGAAGUACGUCGUGACGUACAAGCCGACGGACGACAGUUACAGGGUUGUACAGGACGUUGCCGGGAGCAGCGAGGCUAUCGUUCUGGAUCGGCUAUUGCCCAGCACACAGUACUCCCUGGUCGUGACGGCCAUCUGGCAGGGCAAGAAGUAUCGCAGCCGUGGCCAAAUCAAGUUCCGGACCCUGGAUCUGCCAAGGAACACCACAGAGCAGGACUUUCCGCCUGGCAUCUUUGGGAACGGCAAUGGCAAUGCCAGCGGCCGGAACGCAACGGGAAACGGAAGCAUAUUUGGCGACGAUGUGACCUCCACGGCCACCAACACACUGACGCACAGCACGACCCGAGAGUUGCCCACUAUACGCGGUGUGGAAAUCGGCAUUGUGCUGAUCGUGCUGAUGGUGUGGGCCGGCGCCAUAGCUCUGUUCUUCAACCGAUGGGGCAAGAUCCGGAUGCUGCUGCCCUACCAGCCGGACUACAAGCACGAACAGCUGAAGGUGCCGGGCACGGGGGUGUGCAGCGCCGGCGGCUGCAAUGGCCAGCACUCGCAUCAGUUCGACAGCAGUGACUGUGCCAACGCAAACCCACCGUUGCACUGCAAUAGCCGCCACAUCCACAUGCUGGCCGAGGAGCACUCCACAUCCAUAUCGGAGCGCUGCACGCGGAGUCGCAUCAAUUCGGCCAUAUUCGUGUCGUCGGAGGGUCGCGGAUUCGACUCCAUUGAGUUCCUGCGCCGCCACGGCUCCCAGAGUGUGCUUUGCCGGAAGGCCAAGAGUGCGGAGAACAUCACGGACAAUGGCAGAAAGAAGAGCCUCCGGCAGUGGCGAACCGAUGACGACGCCGACAAGCAUCAGAAUCUGUCACAGGACAGCAACGACAUCGAGCUGAGGGAGUGCGGAACCGGAGGAGAACUGCUCCGUCUCCCGGUGAUCCACGACGCCAAGCCAUCGGGCACAGCUGUGACAAGCCUAUUAGCCCGCUCGGCUGCCAUCACCACGGCCAACAUGAUUGUGGGCAGCAUUUCGCUUGAGGCGCCGCCUCCGUACAUGCAGGACGACGACGCCGAUACGCAUUCGACCGCUGCUCUGAUUCACAGCGACGCCGCUGCCGUUGUGCACGAGUCGCAUGACUCGGCGGAGACGGUGGAGGAGCUGGUACAUGUACCGCUGCUGGCCAGUGCCAACGCCACUGCCACAGUUUCCGCCUCAUCCUCGCCCAGCUUUGCCAUCGAGGCCAAGCCACGAGUUCUGGUGCACCAGCGCUCGUCGACAGCCUCCUCAUCGCCGCAUAGCAGCCCCAAGAACCUGGGAUUGGGGCUGAAGAUAAUCAAGCCGAUGAUCAGCGCCGUGCCAAUGGUUUCCGUUUCGGGGCCUUCGCCGCCCAUUGAGAAGCCGCCGCUCGCGGAGUGCUUGUAACAAAUGGCAACCGAAACAUUUAUCUAAGCGCGCGCUCAAGGCAUCUGGACAUGAGACUCAGUCCGAGCACCGCCAACACACACCACAGACAGACCCCAGACACAUCCCCAGCUCCCCCAAAUCUUGUAAAGUGAGAAAUGAGACGAAAAAGGUGGACUUAGAAUGCCAGCUGCUCAAAUAAGUGUUUCGGUGAGAGAAGUGAGAGAAUGUAAACGAAGGAGGAGUAUAAGUAGAUAUAGAAGAAGUACUGUACCAAAGGUCAUCACCCGUCACCAGGGAAGAAAGCUUUGUAUAUUCAACAACGACUGAAGUAUACACAUACCUACAUUAAUCGGAACCUAUAGAACUUUAUAUGGUAUAUAUUGUGUGUGUAUGUAUAUACGAAUAUGUACUAUAUACAUAUGUUUUACUGAUAAAUCAGCUUUAACAACAAACGAGUAAACUAUCAGGCUUUAAAUAUUAUGAUUAUGAUGAUGAAUUUCUGGUUUAACCUAGUCUGUAGACGCACAUAGCUGUUGUAUGUACGAAAUAAGUCAAACACUACUCUAUUUUAUUGUUCUCCUAUACAUAUAGCCAAAAACCAACCACUUUAGGCACCACAACUGUUAUACACGCGACCUAAACACAUACACAGAUAUAUAUUUAUACACCUCGUACACCCACAUACUCGCAUGUAUGUAUUUUUAUGAAAAAUCUUAGACUACUAGAGCACCACCCGCUAAAUGCCUAGCUCGUAGCGUUAAGACCAAAUGUUACCUGCUAACAUAUCAGACACACACUCUGCUCUACUCUACUCUACCCACGACCAAAGCGAAACGUUUGAAACUGUCAACUAGUCUAUAAAUAAAUAGUUAUAUGAAUCCUAUUGCAAACUAAAAGUAUAGUUGUAGUAUAAUGUAGAGUUUAAAGCGUGUUUUUAAAAUCGAGUUCUAUCGUGUAGUCGUUUCUGUAGCUCGAACUAUAGCUAUUCAUGGAUUUAUAUAUAUACAUACUACAUAAAUACAUACAUAGGAACAUUACUUGAAGAAGCUCCAACCAGCACCAUACCAAACGUUUGCUCCCCCAACACCGUUUUAGGUAGUCUCUAUACAUUUUAGUUAUGAUACUCAAAUUUAUACUAUCUCCAUACUAUCCACCUACUACUAUAUUUGCAUUAACACACAAUUGCGACCUAUGCUAUUGAAUUCGUUUGAAGUCUACAUAUAUAGGUGUAUAAAAAAUCAAAUGUAAAUAUAUCCAGCACUCGUACCUAUAUAUUUGAGUUGAAAUACUCUUCAGUGGAACACAAAAUGUUGCUAUUAAGGAAUUGUCAAUUUAUGGUCCAAAGCUACAAUAAAGAGAACGAACACCACUUGGAUGGGUCAAACAAUAGCUUAACUAAGUUCUAGUUUACGUUUGAUUCGCUAAUAAGCAAAAGUAAAAUCGUGUAAAUGUGUAUUUUUGAAAUCAAAUAAACGAAUUACAUAUAUUAA